GCAUUCGAUAGCCAAUAAGUUAUCGUUCACUCACGAGUCCGACUUUGAAGUCACCGAAACAUCAUAGACGUGUUGCACGAGUGUCGACACCGACGUCACUGGCUACGACGGCGAACGACCGCGCAUUCGACCGUCAAAGGUUCUACUGCGUUGCGUAUAGCUAUCCUUCACAUACCAGUGGUGAGGACAGUGAAAACAAUUUCUAGGGUAUUGGUGAACCGUAGCAACGGUACGUUUUGACAGAUCGUGAAACUGGAACUCAGAUGCGCACCAGAUUAAACAUCAGUAAUGGUUCGCGGAGUGGUCAGCUUGAGAUCUGUGCAAGAUAAAUCGAGGAAAUUUGGAAGAUACCUACGAGAUUAGCAAUUUUACCUACAUGUUCAAGGUGCCUACUGAGCGUAAAGGAAAGCGCACCCACAAUAUCCUGCUUCCUACAGAUUUUACUGCAGAUUAAGGCGACCGCGCGGCCAUCGAAGUUCGUCCGUCGCGCCGAUCCCCGCGCGCGUCUGUGGAACGCGCCGCGCGUGUGUGCGGCCCGAGGGGAGGGGUGCGCGCUAUUUCACCAGUCAGUACCCCGCUUGCCGCCGUUGCUGUAUCACGUCAUUGCGAUACAAACAUUUUAUUGCCAAGAAGGAACUACCUACUGCGCCGAAAAAGAAAUGAGACGUAGAGGGCCCAACCGCAUAUGGAAAGAAGAAGAUAUACAAUUAAUUGAAGCAGUCAAACAACAUAAACAUUUAUAUGAUGCACCUUUCAGUGAGCUUAACAAGGUGGCCUACAAAAGACUGUGUUCAAAAUCAUGGGACGAAAUAUCUUCAAAAUUAGGCAUGCCAGCCAUGGAACUUAGAAAAAAAUGGAUUUUUAUAAAGAGCUACUACAAGAAAGCCUUUAUAAUAAAAAAUUAUACAGGUAAGUUCUUGGAUGGCACUCUUGAUUUUCUUAAACCAUGGGCAUCAAAUAUUCAUUCAAAUUAUGAAGAAAUGGAAAUUAGUAAUAUUUCGUCAACUGAAGAGGAUAAUGUCAGUGAUAGUGAAGCUACAAUCAAUCUGCCUCUUGAGACUAUAACAUGUCUAAAUAAAGAAGGAAGUUCUGAAAGACAUAUCGAAACCAUAGAUCCAUUAGCACCCUGUAGUAGUCAGUAUGCGGUAAAUUUUGAAGAACAAGUAUUGAGUAAUGUGAACAGUGACGUAGCAAAUGCAAAUGAUCAAAGAAAGGUAUGGACACAAGAAGAUUUGAUAUUUAUAGAAGCAAUAAAACCACAUAAUUGUUUAUAUACUGUACCUACUCGUACCUCUGACAGGGUGCUCAACAAAAAAGAGUCUGCAAUGGCAUGGAAAGUCGUUGCUUCACAACUAGGCAUGCCAGUGAUGGAACUUCGUCAUAAAUGGAGAGCUAUAAAAAAUAACUAUAAGGAGGCUAUUAUGAAAGAAGAUUCUUCAAAGUUAUUGGAUGGGACCCUUGAUUUUCUCAAACCAUGGGCAUCACAUUAUAUUAUGAAUUCAAAUGAUGAAACAACUGACGAUGAAGCAAUGGAGUCUUUUAGUAUCCUGCCAACUGAAGAGGACAGUGUAAUGUAUGUGGACAGUAGUGACAGUGAUAUCGAAGCUACAAUAACUCCACCACUUGAGAAUAAUCACAUUAUAGAUGAAAGUUCUGAAAGCGAUAUCGAAACUACGGAUACAUUAAGAUCCUGUAGCGGUCAAUAUGCAAUAAAUUAUGGUGAACAAAUCUUGCCUGAUGUGAAUAAUGAUGUAGAAAAUGCAAAUGAUCAUAGCAUAUUGAGAAAUAUUUUGAUUCAGAAAAGAUGGGAAAUAUGCGAAGAGUCACAAAAUCAUGAAGAGACUUCUCAUUCUGAUUUGCUAUCUGAUUUCUUUGCCAGAUACGAUGGCUCUUCCCAUGACAGCAAUCUAAUGGAAUAUUUUCGGGAUUUGGCAGAAGUUUUGUGCAUUAAGUUAGCACCGGCAAAACGGCAAAAUUUUAUUAGACAAAUUGAUUUAAUAGUCAGUCAAAUUUUAACAGAAAACAAAAACGAAAAUGAGGAUAUUGAAGAAUUAGAAUGAAAAAUAUUUCAGUGUGGAACUGGUUAAAUCACAAUUAAUUUUAAGUAAUUUUGUUAAGAUUGCUUGAUAAAUUGUGAGAUACUUAAAAUAUUUUAUUUGUAAUAAUAAAUGUUCA